AUGCUCUUCGAGCUGCCAACAGACUGUCUAAGACGCAUCCUCCAGUCUGAUUAUCUGACUCUGCUGCAUGGGGAACUCGAGUUGGUCGCUUUUAUCUCCACUUGGCACGUCCGGAGAGUGGAAGCUCUUCAGAGCGACGGUCUCUCCUUAGGCCAGGCAGUCGACACCUUCAACGAGCAAGAAAAGGUCUGUUCCGCUCUUCUUCAUGAUUGCGUUCGUUUUCCGCUUCUCGACAUGACGCUAAUGCAAACAUGGAUCGAGGCCGUACAAUGCGGCAACCUCACCAAUCAGACCAUCUCCACAUCGCCUCUAGCGGAGCUAAGCAACCACGUUCUGGAAGGGUCGGUUGAACAAGUCCAGUCUGCCCUUGUGGAGAGGAGAGGCAUUGACGAAGUGGCCGCCGCCAAACGAUGGGGUCGGCAUGUGAGCUUCUGCCAUUCAGUUCAAAAGUGCUAUGCUCUUUUUGAUGCCAUGCAUCAUCACAUCUCGUGA